GAAACGACGGGGAUUCCGGCCAUCGCGACUCUGCCUGCCUUCGAUUCCCCCGGCAAUUGCGGCUGCACGGACUGCUUGACUCCGAUACUUUCCUCUCUCAUCCCUCAGUUUGAACCGGAGGUUCUUCGCCGUAUAACAAUCCACUGUUCCUCCCGUCUGAACCUUGGAUAGAGCACCCUAACCCGUGGAAAGGGAUCGGACCGGUACUUUCGCAUCCAAGCCCGAAGCCAUAAAGAGACCAGCCUCGUUUUACCUUUCCUCUUCGAAAACCUUGACAGCCGUGGCCUAAUUCCCUCCACCGGAUACAAUCAUUCAUCGGCCCAUCUGUUUCUCUCGUCGCAUCGCACAUAAUUAUUCCCUCGGCAUCUACCUCGAAAUCUACGUCCAUUCAUCCAACCUUCGGCGCGCAUACAUACACACACCUUCUCUAGCCACAGUCAUUCCCAUCUCGACCAUCAACAAAAAGCACAAUGGAACCUUCCAAACACACCACAUCGAUACCCUCGUCCAACCCUCCCAGCGUGGAGGUGGCCUACAAACGCAAAUGCAUCGCCCUCAAGAAGCGACUAACCGAGAUCGAGACCGAAAAUGAGCUCAUGCGCCUCCGCAACCGUCGUGGCUGGCAAUACAUCCAGAAGAUGCGCCUCGAGUCGUGCAUCCUGCUUGAGCGUCUUUCCAAGGUCACCGGCAUGGCCGAGGAGGCCCAGUCCGGCGUCAACCCCGAGUUGCGCGCUCGUGCGGCGGCCCUCAUGUCCAACACUUCCACCUUGAACGGCAACGCGGGCGACUCUGGUAAACAUGCUAGGUAUUAUGAGGACGAGACGGAGGGAAGCUCGGAUGAGCAGCCGCCUACGCCCCAAGAACGCCCCCUCCGAGUGAAACGCUCCCGCAAGUCGAACGUCAACGAGGGCGGACAAGACGACGAGGCCGACGGACCCGACGGCGCCAACCCCGAUGCCCCGGGCGCCGGAGGAUCCUCGUCUCUUCCGCGUCUAGCCCCGGCCCCUUCGCAAGAGGAAAUGACCUCCUCGUUCCGCAUCCAAACCGGCAGCAACGGCUCGAAUGAGAAGGAGAACAAAGAUUCCGACGCCAGCGAUCGCGGGAGCCACAAUCCAGAAUCCGGCUCACGAGACAGGGCCGAGGACGCGGGGCCAGAAAAAUCCACCACCCCGAUGGAUAUGGAUGCGAAAGAGCCGAAAGAGGAGAGCUAGGGAUGAUUUAUGGAUGAUCUUUUUUUUUUCGAUGUUCUUUGGUUCUCAUGUAUUCUUUUCGAUUCUGGUCUCGCUUCGCUUUCUUAUCUUUUUACCUUUCGUUUCUUGCUUGAGUUGAGAUGUGACCGACCUUGCUUGGUCUAUCUAUCAUGAGUCGUCUUUUUUUGCCCUGUUGCACCCUGUAUCUUAAUUAGGAGUUUCUUUGUUUCUCCCUAUUUUCUCGUUAUGUCAAUCACCAUCUCAGCAAAAGAACGCAUACGAUUUACUUCCCAAAUCCUCUAUCCCUGUCUUCUACAUAACCCUUUUGUUUCUUAUAGAAUGGGAUUGCUAUUUAUCCAC